AUGGCUGCGUCGGCGCCCAAGAAGAUUCCCGUGGUAGCCGAGGCCCACGAGGUCGAUACCUUUCACCCACCGGAGAAGAUGCUGGCUACUCGAAAGGGUCGUGGGAGUCUCAGGUCGUCCUAUGAAGCUGGCCGAGGGCCUGGCAAGGCGUCGUCGUGGUCCUGUCUUGCGUCGUCCGGAGAAUGGACGGCGGCGAAGUUGGGCCAUGCGGCGAAGACUGGGACUCCGGAGUCGGACAUUGAGCACCCGUCAAAGCCUCAUCUUUCCGGUCUCGAUGAGUACAAGACGCUGUACGAGGAGUCGAUCCGACAGCCAGACCAGUUUUGGGGCCGCCAGGCACGCGAGCUGCUCACGUGGCAGCGGGACUUCCAGACGGUGCGCAGCGGCUCUCUCGUCAACGGCGACGUCGCCUGGUUCCUCGAGGGCCAGCUGAACGCGUCGUACAAUCUGGUGGAUCGCCACGCCUUCAAGGACCCCGACCGGGUGGCGCUCAUCUACGAGGCAGACGAGCCGUCGGACGGGCGGACGCUGACGUAUGGCGAGCUGCUGCGCGAGGUAUCCAAGACGGCCUACGUGCUGAAGCAGUUCGGCGUCAAAAAAGGCGACACCGUGGCCAUCUACCUUCCCAUGAUCCCGGAGGCCGUCAUCGCCCUCCUCGCGUGCAGCCGCAUCGGAGCGGUGCACUCGGUCGUCUUUGCCGGCUUCUCGUCCGACUCGCUGCGUGACCGCGUGCUCGACGCCAAGAGCAAGGUCGUCAUCACCUCGGACGAGGGCAAGCGCGGCGGCAAGCUCAUCGGCACCAAGAAGAUUGUGGACGAUGCGCUGAAGCAGUGCCCCGAUGUCAGCCACGUGCUGGUGUACAAGCGCACGGGUGCCGACGUGCCCUGGACCGAGGGCCGGGACUUCUGGUGGCACGAGGAGGUGUCAAAGUGGCCCUCGUACAUUGCCCCGGAGCCCGUCAACUCGGAGGAUCCGCUCUUCCUUCUGUACACCUCCGGUUCGACCGGCAAGCCUAAGGGCGUCCUGCACACCACCGGCGGCUAUCUCGUCGGUGCGGCAGCUACGGGCAAGUACGUCUUUGACAUCCACCCGGGCGACCGCUACUUCUGUGGUGGCGAUGUGGGCUGGAUCACGGGCCACACGUAUGUCGUGUAUGCGCCGCUGUUGUUGGGCGUGACCACGGUCGUGUUUGAGGGCACGCCGGCGUACCCGAAUUUCUCGCGCUACUGGGACAUUAUCGAGAAGCACAAGGUCACCCAGUUCUACGUCGCACCCACGGCUCUGCGGCUGCUGAAGCGCGCCGGUGACCAGUUUGUUAAGCACGACAUGAGUGCGCUGCGUGUGCUGGGAUCGGUCGGCGAGCCCAUCGCUGCCGAGGUCUGGAAGUGGUACUUUGAGGUGGUCGGCAAUGAGGAGGCACAGGUUGUGGACACAUACUGGCAAACGGAGACCGGCUCCAACGUCAUCACGCCUCUGGCCGGUGUUACGCCGACAAAGCCAGGCUCAGCUUCUCUGCCGUUCUUCGGCAUUGAGCCGGCCAUCAUCGACCCAGUCAGCGGCGUCGAGAUCACCGGCAACGAUGUCGAGGGCGUGCUUGCGUUCAAGCAGCCGUGGCCCAGCAUGGCCCGCACCGUUUGGGGCUCGCACAAGCGGUAUAUGGAGACGUACAUGGAUGUCUACAAGGGCUACUACUUCACGGGCGAUGGUGCUGGCCGCGAUCACGAGGGCUUCUACUGGAUCCGGGGUCGCGUGGACGACGUUGUCAACGUCAGCGGACACCGUCUGUCGACGGCGGAGAUCGAGGCGGCCCUGAUCGAGCACCCGGCCGUGGCCGAGUCGGCUGUGGUCGGCGUGCACGACGAGCUGACAGGUCAGGCUGUCAAUGCAUUCGUCUCGCUGAAGAGCGGCAACGAGGUCACAGAUGCUCUUCGCAAGGAGCUUGCCCUGCAGGUCCGCAAGAGCAUCGGCCCGUUUGCCGCACCCAAGGCGAUCUAUGUUGUGCCUGACCUUCCCAAGACGCGGUCGGGCAAGAUUAUGCGCCGUAUUCUGCGCAAGAUCCUUGCCGGCGAGGAGGAUCAGUUGGGUGAUAUCUCCACGUUGUCCGACCCGAGCGUGGUGAGCAAGAUCCUCAAUGUUGUGCACGAUGCGAAGAAGAAAUGA